GGAGUCCGCUCAGUUCUUAUACGACACUCGCACCCGUCGGUCGAGCGAUCACUCGUACCUCCACUCGAAAAAGUCGGAACGAUCCACAUCCAUCUCGGGGUUCCUGGGCCACUCCGAUUGGCGGCUCGGCUCUUUAAUUGCGUCACUAAUGAGCUGCAUUUAUGUUAAUCUCCGCACCCGGGACGUCUAAGCGCUACACGACACGAUCCCAAGAUUUGGGAUCUUCGCGGCAUUCGGCACUUCUUGUGCUUUUCUUUUUUGGUAGUUUUCACCUGCUGAGCCGUUUAUGGUUAUUGCCGCAAUUCCGUUGUGACAGUCGGAGGCGCUUUAUCAUAAAUUAAAAAAUCGUGUAGUCGGCGAGGGACCGCUGGACCGCUGGACUGCUGGACUGGUGGACAGCCCCGCCCCCUGAUAUCCACUGAUGGAUGAUGUUGCCGCUGAUGGCAGUGUCGGCUCUGAGUUAUGGCCAAGUCGGGCCAAGUCGGAGAUUUGCAUGAAUGAAACGCACGCGUUGCCCGAAAACUGUUUGGUGAUCCGAUCUCGCGAUGACUUAAUUGAAACGCCGUUGGCUGGAGCAGAAGAAGGUGUUAAUUAGCAUACGAACAAAUGGACAAAAGCUCGCGUGUAUUUCGUAUAUUUCGUAUAUUGUAUGUCGGUAUUCGAACGUCGGUUUUGGGUUUGAAUUUGGAUUUGGUCAUAUUCGCAGAAGUAUUGAAUGCUGCCGUCUGCGUUUUCGGUUCAUUAAUAACAACACAGCCGAUCGUUCGGUUUACUUCCAAUAGUUUGAUUCUCGGCUCCUAUGGCGGCGUUUUAUGGGUAGAAACAAAGGCCCUGCGGAAUUGUGGACUGUAGUAUUGUGGAACUGUGGAAAUCGGAGCCUGCUAAGCUCAGCAGAAACCAGAAAGGAAGGGAAAUUAAGCCUCAAAUGCAUUGAGUAUUGAGACUUUUAGUGCGAACAGAAUAUGAUGAUAGUGCCAGCUGCUGGGCUCGAAUUCGUGUUGUGUGCCUCGGAUUUGCAUCGUCAUGUGGAAAAUACAUAACAAACUCUUAAUCUACAUGCUCUGGAUUAUGGAAAUAAGAUUAGUGUCCAGCUUUACAUCCGCCAUGCUCUGUGGCCGGAUUCCCGGCCUGACCCCGGGCCAGCGCAAUAUGUGCCGCGAGAUGCCCGACGCCCUGAUCGCCCUGGGCGAGGGCCACCAACUGGGCGCCCAGGAGUGCCAGCACCAGUUCCGGGGCCACCGCUGGAACUGCUCGGAGGUGUGGCAGCGCAACGUCUUCGCCCAUGUCAUACCCACAGCUUCGCGUGAGGCUGCCUACACCUAUGCGAUAGCAAGUGCCGGAGCGGCGUACGCGGUGACCGCCGCCUGUGCCCGCGGCAACAUCUCCACCUGCGGCUGUGAUGUGCGGCACAAGGCCACGCCCACUGGCGGAGGUACGCCCGACGAGCCUUGGAAGUGGGGUGGCUGUUCGGCGGACGUGGAUUUCGGGAUGCGGUAUGCGCGCAGAUUCAUGGAUGCCCGCGAAUUGGAGCGGGACUCCCGCACGCUGAUGAACCUGCACAAUAACCGGGCAGGAAGAACGCUGGUCAAGAAGAUGCUGCGCACGGACUGCAAGUGCCAUGGCGUCAGUGGCUCCUGCGUGAUGAAGACCUGCUGGAAGAGCCUGCCGCCCUUUCGUCUGCUCGGCGAUAGGCUCAUGCUGAAGUAUCAAAAAGCCAAAACUGUUCAAGCCGUCAAAGGCAAACGUGGACUGAGAUUAGUAUUAAGCAGAAAGAAGCAUGCCGGCACCGCCCGUGCCCAGAAACCGGUCCUCGAUUGGCCGAAGCGCAUGGAGCUCAUCUACCUGGAGGCGUCGCCCAACUACUGCGAGCGGAGUCUGCAGACGGGCAGCCAGGGCACCGCCGGCCGCACCUGCCAGCGGACCGGCCACGGCCCCCAGAGCUGCGACCUGCUCUGCUGUGGGCGUGGCCACAACACGCAGCACAUUCGGCGGACGACGCAGUGCCGCUGCCAGUUCCGCUGGUGCUGCGAGGUCAAGUGCGACGAGUGCGACGAGAGCUACGAGGAGUUCACCUGUAAAUAGAGGGGGCGGGACCAGAUCACUAGGACUAGGGCUAUGUCAUAGGAAAUGCGUUUAUUAAGUAUUAUGCGAAAUGUAUUACACCCACAGAUACGCUCCGCGCCACCAUACAGCCACAUUCCAGAAUAAACAUAACAAGUUAACAUCCACAA